ACCAACAUAUUUGCUCUGUCGUCAUCAAAAGACAAAGCAAAUCAGAAGGGAAAACACAAAUUCAGGAAAGAAAAUGUCAGGAAGAGGAAAGGGAGGCAAAGGAUUAGGAAAGGGAGGAGCAAAACGGCAUCGUAAGGUGCUAAGGGAUAACAUUCAGGGAAUCACGAAGCCAGCAAUACGACGGUUGGCCAGGCGUGGAGGAGUUAAGCGAAUUAGCGGGUUGAUCUACGAAGAGACGAGAGGCGUACUUAAGAUUUUUCUAGAGAAUGUGAUUCGUGAUGCGGUUACUUACACUGAGCACGCUCGUAGGAAGACUGUUACUGCCAUGGAUGUUGUUUAUGCUUUGAAGAGGCAGGGCAGGACUCUUUAUGGCUUUGGCGGUUAAGCAACUUAGCGAUUGGGGGGUUUGAUUGAUUUUGAUGUAAUGAUGAGAUUAGUAUUGUAAUUAAUUGAAUCAAUCAACGGAUGAAUUUUCAGAUUUUUCAAAUCUUAUGAUUGUUUUGGGUUCUGAGAAUUAAACAGUUCUUGAUAUGGUGUUUUUUAUUUUA